UAAGAUCCUCUUCCGGAGCUCCCGCGCUCUUUUCCACGCCUCCAAAAUGUCGCAACAAGACCAGGGUGAGAAGGAAAACCCCAUGAGGGAGCUGCGCAUUCGCAAACUCUGCUUGAACAUCUGCGUUGGAGAGAGUGGGGACAGGCUGACGCGAGCAGCCAAAGUGUUGGAGCAGCUCACAGGACAGACCCCCGUCUUCUCAAAAGCUCGAUACACCGUCCGGUCUUUUGGGAUCAGGAGAAAUGAGAAGAUUGCUGUUCACUGCACCGUACGUGGGGCAAAAGCUGAAGAGAUCUUGGAGAAAGGAUUGAAGGUGCGAGAAUAUGAGCUGAGAAAGAAUAACUUCUCUGACACUGGCAAUUUUGGAUUUGGGAUCCAAGAACACAUUGACUUGGGAAUUAAAUAUGAUCCCAGUAUUGGCAUCUAUGGCUUGGACUUCUAUGUGGUUCUGGGGAGGCCAGGAUUCAGCAUUGCUGACAAGAAACGCCGAACCGGCAGCAUCGGGGCCAAGCAUAGAAUCAGCAAAGAGGAGGCCAUGCGCUGGUUUCAACAAAAGUACGAUGGCAUCAUUCUUCCAGGCAAAUGAAUUGUUUCCACUAGGAAAUAAAUGUGAAUAAAAUUUUACAUUGUUUAAUUUGCCAUUGUGUAAUCUUCUCUCCGUGGACUUUCUAUAUUUGGGCACUGGAUAUCACUCUUUUGGAAGAAACCUGAAGAUUGGGACUACUGUGCUGCAUUGGGUGGGAGCAUGUGGGUUUCUGAAGAGGUUAAUUGUUAUUCAUCUGGAUUUGGUCAUUUGUUGGCAUCUGGAAGCCUCAGUGUGAUUUUGUUGGCAUCUGGAAGCCUCAGUGUGAUUCAGUCAGGUUUGAUGGCAACACUACUAAAUAUGCAAGACGUA